UGCGGUUAAGUAUUGUCUUAUGGAAAGUGAGGUUUGGAAUCAUUUGCCUCAAUUCAAUCCACAUUCUUUCUUCUUCACGGAAACCCAUGUCUCACAUGUCUCACAUGUCUUUCUGGUAGUAAGACACGUCCGUUAUGUCGCGACUCUUGACUAUCCUGCGCUGGCCACUCAUCGCUGGCGCUGUGCUUCCCCGGAUGGCGAUGGAGAUGACGCUCCUGUCUGCGCGACUCGUAGCCAGAGAUAAUGAACGUACCAUCACAACUAAUCCUGAUACUGGACACUCGUUGAUGCCUGACGAAACCAGUAUAGACCGAACGGCUUAUGACGCCGUUGCACUGUUCUAUACGAUCGUGCUCGCCGUCUUCUUAGGUAGGUACUUGAAACUGCUCGGUUCUAGGACUAAUGAUGUGCAUUGUCUAUAGCACUCUGUACUUCUAAGUCUUGUCAGAAUUUCGACUCAGGACACUUCACAGCAAUGUCCUUCUCAAACGCAACUUCACCCAUUCUCUUCAUAUUUGGUCUUGGCUUCAUCGUUCGUGCCUCUGUUGUACAAACCGGCCAAGGACUGCAGACCCACCAACUCUUCUAUGUAUCAGCGAUGAUCUGCCUGGUCUUCCACAUCGGCAACAAACUUGCCAUUUAUAUCUUCCUUCUAGAACGUGCCCGUGUUGCCCGCGCUCCAUUCGUAUCUCGCCUCAAAGACCGCGUCUGGCUGCUCGGUAUAUUCAUCAUAUGCGGCGGCUUCGGCACUAUCGCCAUCAUCGGCUACACUUCGCCCGUCGUCGAGCUCGACGGCCGGUGCCGUAUUGGGCUCCCGCCCACGUCAGCUUCCUCCUGCUCUGCUUCGAUGUCGCAGUCAACUUCGUACUGACUGGCGUGUUCUUCUGGCUUCUCCGCCCGGUGCUAGAAUUCCAUGGUUUGCUGA